AUGGUGAACGUUCUUGGUCCCCACCCAGUCCAAAUGGUGAACGUUCUUGGUCCCCACCCAGUCCCAAUGUUGGACAUUCUUGGUUCCCAUCAAGUCCCCAAUGGUGAACGUUCUGUGUCCCCACCCAGUCCAAAUGGUGAACGUUCUUGGUCCCAACCCAGUCCCAAUGGUGAACGUUCUUGGUCCCCACCCAGUCCAAAUGGUGAACGUUCUUGGUCCCCACCCAGUCCAAAUGGUGAACAUUCUUGGUCCCCACCCUGUCCCAAUGUUGGACAUUCUUGGUUCCCACUCCAAGCAUUGGUUCCCACCAAGUCCCCAAUGUUGAACGUUCUUGGUCCCCACCCAGUCCAAAUGGUGAACGUUCUUGGUCCCCACCCUGUCCCAAUGUUGGACAUUCUUGGUCCCCACCCAGUCCAAAUGGUGAAUGUUCUUUGUCCCCACCCAGUCCCAAUGUUGGACAUUCUUAGUUCCCACCCUGUCCCAAUAAUGGACAUUCUAAGUUCCCACCAAGUCCCCAAUGGUGAACGUUCUUGGUCCCCACCCAGUCCCAAUGUUGGACAUUCUUGGUCCCCUACCAGUCCCAAUAAUGGACAUUCUAGUUUCCCACCAAGUCCCCAAUGGUGA